CGACGGCGGGUGAAUUGGGCGGCGCUAGUGCAGUUACGGGCGGCGAUAGGCGGGAGGAGGACCGCGCCAAGGUCGGGCUCCCGGCGUUGGACCUGUCACUCGCGUUCCCGCAGGCCACGCCGGCCUCCAUUUUCCUGCCGUCCGAUUGCCGCAGCCCUGAAGGUGUUCUCGGGAGUAGACAACAAGGAGGGGAAGAAGUGCAAUGUUGUGCCUUGUUGGAACAUACUUAAGGAGGAAGACAAGUGGAAAAUAAGGAGGAUUGAACUUGUACAGAUGGAGAAACAAGCAGCUGCAGGAAACAAGAAUAAAAAGAAGUCCACCAAGGUGUCUCGACCAAGAGAAGAAGAAGGAACCAACAAUGACAAGGAGGUCAAUGAUGAUACUGCUGCUGCUGCAGAGACUGCAGCAAGCAAAAGGGGCGAAGGAGUGAAGAAGGCUAAAGCAAACCUUAGGCGAGGGGGUGGGGAAGCUUGCUUGGAAGCAAUCGACAAUAUGUGGGCAAAAAAGGAGUUGGCCGACAAUGAAAAGGAGAAGGCAAAGAAUGAGAGGUUUAUGUUGUCAUAUGAGCUAGACAAGCAAUCGCUAGAGCUAGAGAAGAAAAGAGCUCAAGCCGAGGACAAAAGAGCUGAAGCCGACCUCAUGAAGCAAGAGAAAGAAAUUAUGCUUGCGGACAUGACCUCCCUCAGCACGCUGCAGCGUGAAUGGCUUGACAUUAUGUAGAAGGACAUUCUCGCUAGGCGUCGUGGAAAUUAAAUCUAGUUCAUUAAAAUUUAGUUUACAAAUAGUAUAUUCAGCUGAACCUUGGUUUAAUUUUGUCAUCAUUUUUCUCCCAUACGUCGUUUGUUCAUUAGAAACUUAGUUUAAUUAUUUAAGAAAUAUUAGUACUUUCUUUGUUAA